AUGUAUUGCAAUGUUGGGAUAUAUCAUGGAAAUCUGCUGAUGACAGACCUGGAGAGGUUUGAAUUUGAGUGGGAACUGCAGUAUUCAUUUGUUGACUACGAAAAGGCUUUCGACUCGGUAGAACAAGAGGGUAUUCUAAAUUCACUACCCUGUCUCGAAAGUAUUUUCCGGAAAAUCAAUUGGGAAAGGAAGGGAUUAGAUACAAAUGGUCAAUACUUAAAUAAUCUAAGAUUUGCAGAUGGCAUAAUCCUGAUGUCAGAAACUGCUGAAGAAUUGCAGGAUAUGCUAAAAGACCUCAAUAGGGAAAGUUUGAAUGCAGGCCUUACAAUGAACAGGUCUAUAACAAAAUUCAUGUUUAACAGCAGGAAAAUAACUAAGAAGAACAAGAGAGCAAUGGAGCGGUUAAUGAUAGAGGUAUCUCUUAGAGAUAAGAAACGGUGUAUUUGGAUAAGAGACCAGACUAAAAUAAAAGAUAUAAUAGAACUGAUUAAAGAGCAAAAGCGGAGAUGGGCUGGACAUUUAUCUAGAAGGGAGGACGACCGGUGGAGCAAGAGACUAAUCGAUUGGUAUCCAAGCGAUGGAAAACGCAGUGAGAGACAUCCAGACCCAAGGUGGAAAGAUGAGAUUGUAAAAUAUGCAGGAAACACAUAG